AUGAUUAAAACAAAUAAAAUAUUUAAUAAUUAUCUAAAAAAUAACUACCUAAACAUUUUAAAUUACUCCAAAAACACAAAUAACCAUCCAAACUAUAAAACCUUAAAUAAAAUUAAGGAGCUUAAUAAAAAAAAACUUCAGCAUCAACAACAACAAGAAAAAGAACAAGAACAAAACCAAUCACUAGUUAAUAAAGAUGAAGUUUUUAAAAAUUUCUAUGAUAUAUUAAAAGACAAUGAUAACAAUACCACAUUAAAUAAUAGCAACGAUGAUAUAAAUAAUAUAAAUAAUAUAAAUAAUAAUACAAAAAACAAUAAUGUAAAAAACUCAUUAAAACUUAAAACACAAAUUAUGAGAGAUUUUAUUCAAGAUUCUUUAUACAACCAAGACUAUGGGUAUUUCCAAACUAAAGAAGUUAUCAUCUCACCCAAUAUUAAAAUUCCACCAUUAAACUCACUUAAAAACUUCAGAGAAUACAAUAACUAUUUACACUAUAUCUAUAAAAGUUUAGAACAUGCCUGGUUAACACCUGUUGAAUUAUAUAAACCAUAUUAUUCAUGGUCAAUUGCAAACUAUAUCAUCGAUAAACAUAAUAACAGAGAAGAUAAGAGUAAGAAUUUAAAAAUUUAUGAAAUUGGUGCAGGUUCUGGUACAAAUGCAUUAAAUAUAUUGAAUUUUAUGCGAUCAAACCAUCUAGAAAUCUACAAGACCAUGGAAUAUAAAAUCAUCGAAAUUUCCAAACCAUUAGCAUUGAAACAAUUCAAUAGAAUUAAAGCAGACCAUCCAGCAUUAAAUAUUCAAAUUAACAAUACCAGCAUCUUCAAUUGGACACAUAAAACUGAAGAGGAUGAAUGCUUUAUUAUUUUAACCGAGGUUAUAGAUAAUUUGCCACAUGAUAAAAUUGUACUCUCAUCAAAUGGUAUUUUCGAAUCAACUGUUUGCAGCACUGUAUUUGAAACUUUUGAAAAAUCAAAAUCAAUUCUUUCGAAUCACAAAAGCUCAGGAUACUACCGUGAAGAAACAAGACAGCUUACUGACCCAAUUAUCAAAGAGUAUUUAGAAUACGAAGAGCAUAUUAAAAAAUCAUCAAGUUUCUUCCCAAGAAUUCCCAUGCUAGUUUCAAUUAAGGAAUUCUAUCAAAAAUAUCUCAAAUCAUUCUUUAAAGACGACGAAGAAAGAUAUCUACCAACUGUAUGUUUCAAACUCUUUCAAAUAUUUUCAAUAUAUUUCCCAAAGCAUCACAUUGUUUUAGCAGAUUUCGACGAGCUCCCAUCAUUGGUUAAAGGUGAAAAUGCCCCAACUGUUCAAAAGAAAAUACCAAUCACAACUGGUGACAUUAACAAUCCAUAUCAUGUCCCUGGAUCUAACCCAAGAGGUUACGAAUCAAUUGAUAUGGAAGAAAUUUUAACUGAACCGGGCUCAUGCGAUAUUUUCUUCCCAUAUGAUUGGAAAAAUCUAAAACAAAUGUAUUGUUAUACAAAUCGUGACAGACUUGCAAAUAAUUUCGAACAAGUUAAAACCUACAAACAUAAAGAAUUUUUGAAGAAAUAUGGUAAGGAUUAUUUAAAUGAAACCAAAACAAAAUCAGGUUACAACCCAAUGAUAAGAGACUAUGGUAAUAUGUCAUUUUUAUUAUCAUAA